AUGUAUCAAGUAGAAACAACAGUAGAGUUACCCAAAGAAUUAUUUCCACAAAAAACGGAUAUCAGAAGUUCACAAUUGACCAUUGAAGCUGUUCAUUUCAUCAAUCAAGUUUUAAUUCAAAUCAGGUAUAAUGGUGAAAUGAAUACUACAUAUGAAAUCAGCCCUAAGAGUAUGAAUACAAUAAAAAAUCCUACAAUGGGCUUUGGAAAUUCUGUGGAUUAUUUUCAGGAUGAUGCUGAUGAAAGCCAGCAGUCGUUCCCUAAUCAUUUAGCCAAUUAUCAAAUUACUACAAGAUUAGGUAAUAGUAAUGACAUGAAAUUACCUGUUAUUUGUACAGAGAUAGCGGAGUUAUAUAGCAAGAUUAUAUUACCCUCUAAUGUAGAUGAAUUGGAAACCAUAGAUUCUCCAUUGAACCGUACUUUCAUGAUAACGAUGAGCACAAAAUUAUGGUACGAUAAUGUAGAAGAAAGUGAUAUUACUACAAAUAGAGAUUUUCAGAAAUUGAUCUUCGUCUUGAAAACUAUUAGAGAGAUGUAUAAGAUAUAA